AACAGUCGCUUCUGCAAACGAAACUUAUCCCUGCAUAACCAAUGCAACUGGAUAAUUAUUUCCCCUAAAAUAUAGCCAGCUAAAUAGAAAAAUAUGUUAAAUCAAUUUGGCUCAUGUGCAUAGCAUUUCAAUCGGUUCGAUUUAGUUUGCUAGCUUGUAGCUAGCAAGCAACCAUAUUAUUCCGCUAUUGAGCUGUCGAGAUUAUUGUUUGAACCAAAUCUCAAUAAUAUUUAGAUAGCUAGCUAGCUAACUAGUACUGCUGGAAAUAUGUUUAUUUACCUCAGUAAAAAGAUUGCGAUCCCUAACAACAUACGGCUGAAGUGCGUUUCCUGGAACAAGGACCAAGGCUUCAUAGCGUGUGGCGGGGAGGACGGUCUCCUCAAGGUCCUGAAGUUGGACACGCAGACGGAAAUUCAAGCUUCAAGAAAUGUGUGGAAGCCUACCGAUGAUGCUAAACUCAAAGGACUCGCUGCCCCUAGCAACCUGUCGAUGAAUCAGACUCUCGAAGGCCACAGCGGAGCGGUCCAGGUGGUGACCUGGAACGAGCAGUAUCAGAAACUCACCACCAGUGACCAGAACGGCCUCAUCAUCGUCUGGAUGCUGUACAAAGGCUCGUGGUACGAGGAGAUGAUCAACAACCGGAACAAGUCUGUGGUGAGGAGCAUGAGCUGGAACGCUGACGGCCAGAAGAUCUGCAUCGUGUACGAGGACGGGGCGGUCAUCGUGGGCUCUGUGGACGGGAACAGGAUCUGGGGUAAGGAACUGAAGGGGAUCCAGCUGGCUCACGUGGCCUGGUCACCUGACAGCAAGAUCCUGCUCUUCGGCAUGGCCAACGGAGAAAUACACAUCUACGACAACCAGGGAAACUUCAUUAUGAGGAUGGCGGUCAGCUGUCUGGUGAACGUCACGGGGGUGGUGAGCAUCUCCGGGAUCCACUGGUACCCUGGAACAGAGGGCUACGUGGAGCCCGACUGCCCCUGCCUGGCCCUCUGCUUCGACAACGGGAGGUGCCAGAUCAUGCGCUACGAGAACGACGAGAACCCGGUUCUGAUCGACACCGGGAUGCUCGUGGCCAGUAUCCAGUGGAACCAGUGCGGCAGCGUCCUGGCGGUCGCCGGCUCGCAGAAAGCCGUCACCAUGGACAAGGACGUCAACGUGGUGCAGUUCUACACCCCCUUUGGAGAGCAUUUGCGGACCCUGAAGGUUCCUGGGAAGCAGAUGACUGCGGUAUCCUGGGAAGGCGGAGGACUGAGGAUAGGCCUGGCUGUGGACUCUUUCAUCUACUUCGCCAACAUCCGUCCAGAUUACAAGUGGGGGUACUGCUCAAACACGGUGGUGUACGCCUACACCCGGCCCGACAGGCUGGAGUACUGCGUGGUCUUCUGGGACACCAAGAACAACGAGAAGUUCGUCAAGUACGUCCGGAGCCUGCUGUCCAUCACCACCUGCGGGGACUUCUGUAUCCUGGCAACCAAGGCGGACGACUCACACCCCCAGGCUGAAGCAAGACAGUCACAUGACCCUGCUGUAUCUUCCUGCCCCUUGCAGUACGUGCUGGUGCUGUGUAACUCCAUCGGGACUCCUCUGGACUCUAAGUACAUCGACAUUGACCCGCUGUUCGUCACCAUGACGAGGACGCACGUCAUCGCUGCGUCCAAGGAGGCCUUCUACACCUGGCAGUACCGCGUGGCCAAGAAGCUGACGGCCCUGGAGAUCAACCAGGUGGCCAAGACCAGGAGGGAGGGCCGGGAGAGGGUUUAUCACAUUGAUGACACCCCCUCAGGAGUGGGUGAAUCAACGCUGGACUUCGGGAAAGCCUUCACUGGAACCAGAGAUCCCAUAUGCUGCAUCACAGCGACAGACAAGACUCUCAUUGUGGGCAGGGAGUCGGGCAGCAUUCAGCGGUACAGUCUGCCCAACAUCGGCCUGGUGCAGAAAUACUCCCUCAACUACAGGGCCUACCAGCUGUCACUCAACUGCAGCUCCAGUCGUUUGGCCAUCAUAGACAUCACCGGGGUGCUGACGUUCUUCGACCUGGAGCCCCGGUCGACCGGCGACAGCUCAGGGGAGCAGACGGGCCCCGGGGACCCCCUGAAGUUCGAGCGCAAGGACGUGUGGGACAUGAAGUGGGCCAACGACAACCCGGACCUGUUCGCCAUGAUGGAGAAGACCCGGAUGUACGUGUUCCGGAACCUGGACCCGGAGGAGCCCAUCCAGACGUCAGGCUAUAUAUGCAACUUUGAAGACCUGGAAAUAAAAUCAGUCCUGUUGGAUGAAAUCUUGAAGGACCCCGACAGACCCAAUAAGGAUUACCUCAUCACCUUUGAGAUCCGCUCACUGAGGGACAGCCGCGCGCUCAUAGAGAAAGUGGGCAUCGACGACGCCUCGCUGUUCAUCGAGGACAACCCCCACCCCAGACUCUGGCGCCUCCUGGCAGAAGCCGCGCUGCAGAAGCUGGACCUGAAGACGGCGGAGCAGGCCUUCGUGCGCUGUAAGGACUACCAGGGCAUCGAGCUGGUGAAGAGGCUGGGGAGCCUGCACAGCGAGGCCAUGAAGCAGGCCGAGGUGGCAGCCUACUUCAGCCGCUUCGAGGAGGCGGAGCGCAUGUACCUGGACAUGGACCGCAGGGACCUGGCGAUCAGCCUGAGGAUUAAGCUGGGGGACUGGUUCCGGGUGCUGCAGCUGCUGAAGUCAGGCUCGGGGGACUGUGAUGACGCUCUGCUGGAGCAGGCCUACAACGCCAUCGGGGACUACUUCGCCGACCGACAGAAAUGGGUGAACGCGGUGCAGUACUACCUGCAGGGCCGGAACCAGGAGCGUCUGGCUGAGUGCUACUACAUGCUGGAGGACUACGAGGGCCUGGAGAGACUGGCCAGCUCGCUGCCCGAGAACCACAAACUGCUCCCGGAUAUUGGUCAGAUGUUCGUCACGGUCGGCAUGUGUGACCAGACGGUGAAUGCGUAUCUGAAGUGCAACCAGCCAAAGGCUGCGGUCGACGCCUGUGUGCACCUGAACCAGUGGAACAAGGCAGUAGAACUGGCCAAAAACCACAACAUGAAGGAGAUCGGGUCCCUCUUGGCCAAAUAUGCGUCCCAUCUGCUGGAGAAGAACAAGAUUCUGGAAGCGGUGGAGCUGUACCGGAAGGCGCAUCACUUCCUGGACGCGGCGAAGCUCAUGUUUAAGAUCGCGGACGAGGAGGCCGGGAAGAGGACCAAACCCCUGCGGGUGAAGAAGCUGUACGUGCUCGCCGCCCUGCUGGUGGAGAGCUACCAUGACCAGGUCAAGAGCUCCCAGCAGAGCAAGGCCAAGGGCAAGAAGUCUGAGGCCACGUCGGCGCUGGACGGGCUCCUGGAGGAGGACUCGGCCACGUCUCACAGCCGGAUGGUGGACAGCGCGUGGCGCGGGGCCGAGGCCUACCACUUCUUCCUGCUGGCCCAGAGGCAGCUGUACGAGGGCUACGUGGACCCGGCCAUGAGGACCGCUCUCCACCUGAGGGACUACGAUGACAUCAUCCCGGCGGUGGAGAUCUACUCGCUGCUGGCCAUCUGCUCGUCGGCGAACCGCGCCUUCGGCACCUGCUCCCGGGCCUUCAUCAAGCUGGAGUCGCUGGAGUCCCUGAGCCCGGAGCAGAGGCAGCACUACGAGGACCUGGCCCUGGAGAUCUUCACCAAGCACAGCCCCAAGGACAACAGGAAGUCCGAGCUGGACAGCGCGCCCGAGGGGGGCGAAGGCAAGCUGCCCACCUGCAUCGUGACGGGACGCACCAUCUCGGAGUACCAGUUCUGGAUGUGCAACGUCUGCAAGCACUGCGCCAUGGAGCAGGAGAUCAGCAACCACCGCUACUGCCCGCUGUGCCACAGCUCCCUGACAUAGGGCAACCGACCCCUAAUGCCCUUUAUACAGCAGCUCCCUGACAUAGGGCAACCGACCCCUAAUGCCCUUUUUACAGCAGCUCCCUGACAUAGGGCAACCGACCCCUGAUGCCCUUUAUACAGCAGCUCCCUGACAUAGGGCAACCGACCCCUGAUGCCCUUUAUACAGCAGCUCCCUGACAUAGGGCAA